AUGACCACAGUUCCACGCAACUUCAGGUUACUUGAAGAAUUGGAAAAGGGUGAAAAAGGUAUUGGUGAUGGUACAUGCAGCUAUGGCCUUUCAAACAGCGAUGAUAUAUAUAUGAGUGAUUGGAAUGGCACUAUUAUAGGGCCUGGCCACACCAUUCAUGAAAAUCGCAUUUAUAGCUUGAAACUUCAUUGUGAUGAGAAUUACCCCGAUUCUCCACCUACAGUGCAUUUCAUUUCUCGAAUCAAUUUACCUUGUGUUAAUCAACAAACGGGCAAG